AUGGCAUACUAUAUUAUGGGAGACGUGGAUGACGCACAGUACAAUGCCAUUGGAAAUACUGUGGGGGAAAGCCAACCGUUUGUGUACCUCAUGUGCUUUUUCCACGUUAUGAAAAAUGUGAUCGACCGAUCGAAAUCAGUGGAGGACAUGUUGGCGAAUCGCGUACGAAAGGAUAUUUACGAUCUUCAUUUCGCUGCGAACCUUCAGGAUUUCGUGACUAAGGCCUACAACAUUCUGGCUGUUUGGAGAUCCGAUGAAGUCACGAGAAGUUUCGCAGAAUACUUUUCCAAAGUAUGGCUUUCCGGGAAAUUUAUUCGGUUGCAAUGA